AUGGCAGCCGAGUACGACGAAGACCUUCCUGCGAACCAGUUCCGCCACCUAGAAUACCCGCCGUCCAUCAUCGACAGGUAUACGGUACUCCUAAAAGAUGGUGAAACCACCGCUACCAUUUAUCCUAUUCAUUCUCCAACAGAUCUUCCACCAGGACUUUUGGCAUUUCUUUGUGAUGAAUUCAAUAUGGAAAUCGAACGAGGUGACACGUCUCCGUUCUUCGAUACGCUCGACAUGAACCAGUUCCAGCAAUACUGGUUUGGUUCUUUUGGUGCCGUGAUGAUUUUGGGCGAUGCGCCCGCAUUGGAAGGGCCUCGCCAGUGGGAAAAAGAGUGCUUGGGAACGUUUCUGGUGAAACCAAACUAUCCGGGCCGGUGCUCCCAUAUAUGUACUGGGUCGUUUUUGGUAAACGCAGGAAUCCGUGGUAAGGGAAUUGGACGUACUUUGACCGAUUGCUUUCUCCAAUGGGCUCCGCGUUUGGGGUACACUUAUACGAUUUUCAACCUUGUAUUUGAAACGAAUGUGCCUGCUCGUCGCAUAUGGGAGCUGUUCAACUUUAAACGGAUCGGUCGUAUCAAACUGGCGGGAAUUUUGAAAGGACAUGAACAGGCAGUCGAUGCCAUAAUGUAUGGGCGCGAACUUAUCACCAAUUCGGAUCCGGCCGUUGGGGCUUACCGGUUCGACAAAAUCAAAUUUUACUUGGAAACAGGCCGGUACCCUGCCAUGGCUGAUCGCCAGGAAAAGAGCAGGUUGCGACUGCUGGCUCUGCAUUAUCGAUUGGAAAAUGGAAAGUUGAUGCUUAAAGGCCGAGAGGUGAUUCUGGACCCAGAGCGCCAGUUGCAAAUUUGCACCGAUGUCCACAUGACCAACCACGGUGGAAUUAACAAGACUACGUCGGUGGUGGCCGAAAAAUAUCAUUGGACUCGUAUCAAGGACACCGUAGCUGCCGCCAUCAAAAACUGUCCUGAGUGCCGUGAUAUCGGCAAGGACCCUCAAAUUGUCAAACGUCAACCUCCACGCAAACCAGCAAAUCAUCCUCUCUCCCGUAAAGGCAUCAAAAUGCUUCUGACCCAGCCCAAUAAUCCCAAUGCUCGUCAUAUGCUUCGUCGCCGUGAUGACGUCGAUAUGUCACUUCCUGGAAACGAAGCACUUUUGUCCCACGACUUGCUGGGAUUGGAUGACAACAUCAUGGCUGCCGUGGAAGCUGCACAGAGAUCGCAUCAUAAUGGCCAAAAUUCAAAUUCUCACCCAUCGUACGCAGCAGCUGCUGCUUCUGCUGUUUCUGGAGAUUCCGAUUACCACCAGUAUCUGCACGAUUAUCUGGCCGAGUACCAAACUGAUGGUCGCCUGGACAAGGACAGAAACCCCAAUAUACCUGUGGACCCUGAAGUGAGCGCCUUUGAUCAUGUCGAUAGCGGAGGAGACGAGAUUGAAAUUGCCCGUGCGUUGAUCCAAGCCAAUGAGGAUGUGCCAGAAAAGAGAGAGGGAUGGGACUGA